GUUUAUUUUUUUUCUUUUUGGAUUUGUGAAUUCUCUGACUUUGCUCCCUCAUACACCUCUGCUUUCCCAUAAUUGUACACCUCUUUUCCCUCUCUCUCCUUUCCAUCUCCUGCCUGGCAAUCUUAUCCCAUUUAUGUUCUUUUUCUUCUUGAACAAUCACAGUAUUAUCUGUGUAGAAAAUAGAAGAAUAAAAAAGCACCCACAGAUUACAGUGAUUUUGUCUCUUGAUACUUCAGCUCGUAACUUACAAAGUAUUAUAUCAUGCCAAGUAAGAAUCUUUUUCACAAUUGUCUCAUAGGUUUUGAAGAGCUAACUUAUUAGUAGUGUAGCAAUCGUACCAAAUCGAACUGAACGGGCACGGAACUUGCUGCUAUACCUGAGAAUGGCACCACUAAACCUCGGGUUAGAAUUCAAAAACGUCUCCGAAUCAAAUAGCCGAGUGGCUUCCAACAGAUCCGCUUCCCCGGAUCCCUCAAAGGAUACCGCAACCACUGCUUCAUGCCUCUCCAAUCCCGUCAAGGUUCAACCACAUUCGGGGUUUGUCUCCCUCAACCUGACCCUGCACUUCGGUGCCACUGAUACUGAGAUGAAGAGUGUCACGGGUGAGACUACGGCGACCGACACUUUGCCAGCCACAAUUGCGAGGAUUUUUUCUUGUAAUUACUGCAGGCGCAAGUUCUAUAGCUCACAAGCACUAGGUGGACACCAAAAUGCUCAUAAGAGGGAGAGGACAAUGGCAAAGCGCGUGAUGCGGAUGGGGAUAUUAUCCGAGAGGUAUACGAGCUUAGCAUCUCUGCCCCUUCACGGGUCGACAUUCCGAUCACUUGGGAUCAAAGCUCAUUCCGCUAUGCACCAAGGGAUCAUGCCAUCAUCCAAUAUGCCUAUAGAUACAGGAACUGGUGCACGGUUCGAUCAAGGGUAUUUUGGAAUCCCAAUAUACGUUGAAGAUGACGAUGUAGACUUGUUCUGGCCAGGGAGCUUCAGGCAGGUGAAUGAAGAUCAAAGAGUUGGCACUAACCAGGCAUUGGACUUGACUCAAAAUUCAACUCAAAGUUCGAAAAUAGGAUUUAUAGCAGUGGCAUCACCACCAACAACAGAUACAUCUGCACUCGAUCUUACUUUGAAGCUCUGAUAUUUUCUUUCAAGUUUCCUUUAGCAAUGGCUACUAGCUCCUAAGAUUAUUUUUGCUAGAUUUCUUUAAUUUAAUAAAACUCUUUGUAGCCUUAGUGUGCCAGUUUUUGCUGCUGAUCUGCAGAUUAUGGU